AUGCUUCAACGAAGUGCUUGCAGAGCCACUUCCACCCUUGGCCGGCGGUCGCCAGCCGUGCUGCGAUUCUCUUACAGCACCACCGUGACUGGCAACACUGUCCCGGCAAAUGAUCCCGAAUCUCGAGAACGUCCUGCUCCCGCCUCUGUCACCAAUGCCACCCCAACCAGCCCUCGCGGUGCGCAAGCACAUGCGCUACAGGAGACUCCGGAAGCUGGUGAAGCAAAGCGAGUGAUGCAGGCACCUAACCGAGCUGCAACCUGGAGCCGGAGUCAGCAACCUCGAGAGCAGGCCAUGGUUGGUCCGCGAUUUGAGCAGACCAUCAUGGAGGACCAACCUCGGCCUCUGGCUGCCAUCGAUUUGAUUCACCAGCAACCUGUCACCUGGACGAAUAAGCGCGUAGUGUCGUGCGAUGGCGGCGGCGGACCAUUGGGUCACCCGCGCAUCUUCAUCAAUGUCGACAAGCCCAAGAUCUGCUGGUGUACAUAUUGUGGUCUUCCAUUCCUGUCUAGCAGUGUCACACUCGAGCGGUUCGAGCAUUUGGUUGAUAUUGAACUCUGGCAGGCCCACGAGCACCACCGAAAACAUCUUCAGAGUCUGCCAUCGACAUCAUAUCCUCUGGAGCCUACUACAGGCAACGCAGCACAAAUCCCAGCGGCUCAUUACGGCAGUGGCUCUGCCUCAACCGGUUCCACAACCGAUUUCCAAUCCAACACCGGAAAGCCUUACGAGCAAAGAUAG